UAAAACGCCGACCUCAACUUCUCUCAGUACGUCAUCAAGGUACGUUUCAUUCUUUCAACCAUUGUUACCUGAAACUUAUUCAGAUUUUUAGUGGUCAAAAACUCACAAACCAAACGUAUUCUUAGUUAUGCUUUGAAAGAAAUAGCUUUUAACAGUUUGAUGUAAUUGUCUCCUCGCAGCUCGAGUCUUAGCUCCUCAAUUUCUUCUUCAAUCUCACCGACUACAUCCUCGUCAGUUUCGACAUCUGUCUCAAGUAGUAAGUGCUUCGAAUAUUUUAGCAAUCGUUAAUCUUUAUUUAGAGGAAUUUUCUUGAGUAUCACACUUCCCUUCAAAUUCUCCCCCCUCCCACCCCAUAAAGCUUAAAGCCCUAUGUAUGAAAAAUUAUUCGCGUUAAUCAAUGGUUUUAAGUAACUUUCGACUUUUUUAUUGUGAAAGCUUACUUGUCAGGGCGUUAUUUUUUUAGCAACAACACUUGCUGAAAUGUUAUAAAUCUAGAUCGAACUAAAUGUUUUUCACAUCCCAUUGUCACGGCAUGCCGCCUUAAAAACCCCUUUAGCUACAUUUACACUUGUGAUUAAAAAUUGAAAAGUACCCAUACCGAAAAAAGAGGUUCUUUUCUAACCACAACUGACCUUUUUUGAACAAAUUAGGAGGUAAUUCUCUCAAGGUGUCUAGUUUUUUCGUGUACGCACGUCACAAUUUUUGAAAUGCAGAAUUCCCACGCUUUUUGGAAGUAAUUUUGUUUCACUUUUUCUUUGGCUUCCAGGUUCGAUCUGUCCGAUUUGUGUAUACACAAAUAGAUUCAAUGAAACUGAAAAGCAUCACGUAAGUUGAGACUGAGAUCCCGAUCUUUUUAUAACUGUUACCACAUAUUUCUCGCACUUUUGAAAAUAUUAUUUGUUCCUGUAUACUCCAUGAACCUCCUUGUUAGUCAGGUGGUCAUAACAUGUGAAUCCAUGACAACAUUCUGAUACAUAAUGCUGAUAUAAGAGCAUCGGGCUCUCGAAUACUCAACCAACUUUUGAGCCAAGCGUGACUGAGUCAACCUCUCUCUCCUAAGAUCUGAUUGUCAAUUCUCCUUCUGGCUGCUACUCAGCUACUCAUUUCCUUGUUAACUAGUCACAAGAAUUUUGUGUUGGAUCACGAUAAAAUCUACUUGAUAAGUUUGAGUAUUCUUAAUACCAAAGUGCUAGGUGAUGCAUGAAUGUUACAGAGAGAAGCAACAAGUUAAUGCUUCUGGGAGUUAAAGGGUGAAAGGAGUGAAAUCGGUAUUAUGAGAGGAGUAUCAGUCGUUACUUCGUAAAAUUGAGAUUCUGCUGAUCCUUACCCACCAAACUCACACAUUAAGAAUGUGUGUUAUACAUUGGUUUCACGACUGACUGUUUUCAAGAAUAGCACUUUCUUCAAUUUAUGAUUGCAUUGGUAACUUAUUUUAAAGCAUUUUUCGUUUGCUUAUAGGAGGGAGAAACCUGGACGGAUGGGCCUUGCAAGACUGUCAAAUGUAAAAUGGUUUUUAAUGAUUGCUUUGAAAACAACCAAGUCGCUCAAAUAGAAGUCUAUAUAAAGGAAUGUUCUGAGUGUCCUAAGGUAAGUGGAUUGCUAUUAAAAUUAAAUGCAUUUCUAUUUUUUAUUUUGUCAAGAUAGUUUGUAGAUCUGUCGAAAUGUUGCCUGGCUAAACACCUAGAUAGAGCUUUAAUUAUUAGCCACCACUAGUCCAUUACGACACCCAUCAGCGAUAAUAUACAAUAUUCUUCAAGUAUCGGAGCUCGAGAUUUUAAUUCCUACUCUUUAAAAGUAGUCUCAAUUAUAGCAGUAGCUGACCGUUGGUUUACUAUGGUUACGUCAGUCUAUUUCAUUCAAAGCCAAGUAAAUAGUCACUUUAGUUUGAUUUAACAAAGUUAAGCUUUUGAUUAGCCGAACCCGGCUCGAAUUCAUCAUCUGAAGCCUCCGAUCAACCGGUCUGCGUUCAUGUUGUGCUACAGUUGCACCUAACCAAACCACACAUAUCAUUUCUACAUAAAUGUCUUAAUGCUGGUCACUAAGGUAGAUAUCGCUGGGAGCUAAGUUUUUCAGAGCGCCACAUUACGAAAAAGUGUUUCAUUGACAAAAUUUCGAAAGUCAUUCACGUUUGAGAAAUGCAGCUUAGAGUAAAAAUUUAAAACAAACAUUUUCUCCUCUUUGAAGGGAUACGAACGACCACCAUCAAAGGAUCAAUGCUGUCCACAAUGCGGUUUGUAUUUCUAUUCUUCAUACAAUUAUUUCUAAGUAGGGGGGGGGAGGAGGGGAAAGGGUGGGAUUAACAUGAUCGGUCGUGUUCCUGGAUUUCUCUUUCGAACCAGCAACUCAAAAUAUAAACCGAAUUCACUGUUUUGUUGGCAACGAAGUGCCAUUCUCUUUCAAACCUUCCAGUGUAGUAUCAUUCAUAACCUAUUAAAACAAUCUAGAAAUAAUCUUUUUUUUUACAGUGGUUUUGCAGGCCUGACGUUUUAAAGGACGCUGAUUUAGUUUACAAUAAUGGCUCAUAUAAAGACGAUAUGUUUAAUUUAUUUUAUAGUAAAAACGGAAGACGAUGAGAACAUCUGCAAACUCCGCCAUAGGGCGCCAAGUAUCCUUAAAUUCCCUGACGGCUGUGAAUCAGAAUCCGAGGUUAGUCUCACUGAAUGCAGAGGUAAUUGUGAGUCGAGCACUAUCGCAAAAACUCUGCCAGAAGGCUACGGAAGUAAAAACUGCAAGUGUUGCAAGCCGUCUAAUAAUACCAUUGUGACAAUCAAUUUGAUCUGCAAAAAUGGAAAUGAAAUAACGAGAAAAACGGCCGACUUGGAUAUCAUCACGGAAUGCGGAUGCGGGAGACAGGCAUGCGUAUCAACACCUUCACACGCAAAUGAAGAAUUUGUGAACCAAAAUGGUGAGAUCAUGGAAAUGAAAAAGAAGCGCCGUCGCCGCGCCUUGUCGCGUCUCUUUGCCCUUCCUCCGUAA